UCCUCCUCCUUUCCGCGGCCAGGUUUUCCAGCCAGCACAGCAGCAGCCGCCGCAGCCCCUGCCUCGCAGUGCCAAGGCUGGGCUAAAGGAUCCGGGCGUUGCGUGCUCUCCAGCCAGCGGGGAGCCGAGCGGUCUCGCCAUGACGGCGUCCAUGAGGCAGCGGUUUGAUAAGUUUCUCCACGAGAAGAACUGCAUGACCAGCGUGCUGGAGAAAAUCGAGACCAAGACGGGGGUGAACCGAUCCUACAUCGCCAUCGCUAUUAUUGGCGUGCUGGCCGUGUACCUGGUGAUCGGCUAUGGAGCAUCUCUACUGUGCAACCUGAUCGGAUUCGCUUAUCCUGCCUACAUCUCAAUCAAGGCUAUUGAAAGCCCCAACAAAGAUGAUGACACACAGUGGCUGACCUACUGGGUUGUGUAUGGCAUCUUCAGCAUAGCAGAAUUCUUCUCUGAUAUCUUUCUGUCCUGGUUCCCUUUCUACUACAUGCUGAAGUGUGGCUUUCUCCUGUGGUGCAUGGCUCCAAGCCCUUCCAAUGGAGCAGAGCUUCUCUACCACCGAAUUAUCCGCCCUUUGUUCUUGAAGCACGAGGCUCAGUUGGACAGUGUUGUGAAGGAUCUGAAAGACAAAGCUGCAGAGACUGCAGAUGUCAUUACUAAAGAAGCCAAGAAAGCUACAGUGAACUUACUGGGGGAUGAGAAGAAGGGCAUUUAAACUGUUAGCAGGAUGAAGAAAGUCCCGUCCCCCCCCCCUUAUACAGCUCAAUGUUACUGGAGACUGUGGUAUAAUAAUUUUAAUAAUGUUGCCUUGGAAACAUUUUUGAUAUAUUAAAGGAACAUGUUGUAAGUUUGCUUACUUUUAUGUUGUCUGUAUAGAAAGUAAGCACUUCUAUUUAAAUGCAGUGCAAUGGGCAGCAUCUAAAGCUUAUUGAAAACUUAUCUUAUUCAUCUCCAUGCAGGGAAAGACCUUUCAGUAGUGUCUCAUCUUGCCGUGAACACAAACUUAAAUAAAACUAUAUCUAUAUCCCACAGGCUCUGCACUUCACAGUUUUUCUUUGUGCAUGCAUUCUCUGUAUUUACAGUUGUUAACAUUUGACUGGUUCUUUCUGUAACGUAUCAUUUUUGUAUGCAAAAGUAAUGCGUUCUUCUUGGAUUUUCAUGCACAUGUGUUUGCAUAUACAGGAAAUAAUUUAUCAGAGGGAAGUGGCUUAAUACAUGUAUUCCCCACCAGUGAAGCCAACCGCACUAUGCACUUGGUCAUGGAGAUUCAUGUUGUUGCAUGUACCACUUGUAACCUUCAGUAUUCAGUACAAAGUGUGUGUGUUCAAUAUUAAAUGGGUAGUUCUUAAAUGUAGAAAAGAGCACGUUAGUGCAAAUGACCAGGGUUAUACUGGUGUGAAGUUAUUUGCCAGAAAUGGAUGCAUUGAACUGCUGGUGCAAACUGACUAAAGCAUAACCCCUGACUUGUCUGUUAAAUGGAAUUGGCAUGUGAAACGGUUCAGGAAUGGAGUGCCUUACAAAUAAAAUUACUCAGAAGCAGAAAGCAACUGUAAAAAAAAAAAAAAAAAAAAAAAAUCAGAUCUGCUGCAAUGAUUUGUAGAAAUAUCUGCUGAAGUCAGUUACAAUUUACACUGUAAUCAUGGGGCUUGCCUCUUAUCUUGUUUGUUCCUAUCAACCCCUUCCUUCCUGAGCUUUUUCUGCAAAAGGUGUUAUCUACUCUAGCUACAUAAGGAGAUGUGGGUCUUCCCCCUAUUACCCACUAAAUUAGUCUAUGAAAUGCAUGGGCAUCCAAAAACCUCUUACAGGGGAAGAAGUAAAACAUCUAGGUUACUUAAUUGGACAGGACCAGAGCACCACAAAUGUGACCAAAGCCUUAAAAAUAAUUCCUACAAGUCAAAACACUCUGGCCCUUUACAAUCUGUGCUUGCAUUUACUGUUAGCAUUACUAUUUUAUUUGAAUUGAGAUAUAUUCACACUGUACACAACUUUGUAGUUUUACAUCAUGUUCUCUUCCUUGGCAUUAUGCCCUGUGAUGUUUCCUUAGAGCUUGCUGGCUUUGUAUCAUUUUUAAAAUAUAAAUUUUUCCAUAUUUGUAAUUGUGGCCCAGCCCAUGUACCUUAAGGAAAAUGCAUUCCAAUUAAUGUAGAGCAGCACAUAAAACCUGUGAAGGUUUCUAGUUUCCUACAAAAAUGCAUUGAAUUCUCCAACUUGAGAAUGAGACAGUCAGGGUUAAUCCAUCAGCGAUCUCUCAAUGCAUGGAACAAUACAAAAAUGUAAUAUAGCAGCUUCAGGGUUAUAUCUGAAAUAGGUUUUUAAAUCAAAGCUAGACUAAUGAAGAGGUAUCACACAUGCCUUAGAGCAUAAUCUGUAAUCAAGAGAGCAAUUUAAAAUGGGAGGUAGUGAGAAUUCAGUGCUAGUAAGGAAUGAUUUAAGUAUAUUUUCCCCCCAAAAGGCCAGGUUUGUAUGCUGAAUGGAGAACUUGAAAUAGCACAGCUUGCAGACAAGUAUAUAUUGUGCAUGGUUGGCUGGUAAAACUCCCCCUUGCUUUGUGACCACUUUUUGCUACAAGCUGGCCUAAUGCAUAUAACAACAGAUAAAGGUAACUUUGAAACUGAGCAAGUGGAGCAGUGCCACAGGCAGAUAUCCUCAUUAACUAUGACCUACCCUUAAAUACCUGUUGGUACGGUCGUGGUGUUCCCUGCCUCCUUAGUCCUCUAGAAUUUUAAUGGGAAGGGCUAUUGGAACUUUCAGUUCAAGCUGAAUUUCUUGCCCUACUUUUAGGAAUGCCUUAGAGCAAAGGUUCUAGGUAGAAGAGCUCAAGGGGUGGGUGAAGGGUACUUAACUAUUCAAAGUGCUGUGGUUUUUCCAACUCUUCCCAUGCAAACAGGAAGUUUUUCCCUUUGUCUCUAAAGGCCAUUGCGGACAAAGGAGGGGUACAGCGUGACUGCAGGUCACUAAAGUUGGGAGGGUUGCCACUAUUUCCAACAAACUAUUUUAGAUGAUGAGGAAGGGGUUAAAACAGCCAAUCCCCAGCAUUAAGCAUUGGAUAGCUAUGACACUGGCUAACUUACAGCACCCCUGCAGCUAACAAAAGCGUGAAUAGCACAGUAUAAACUUAGCUAGAUCAGGAAUGGAAGUGCAAUAGUAACCUGAAAAACUAGUAGUCAUCCUCUGGAUUUCACUUCUGCUAAGAAUUGCAAUGUAAAGGUAGUCUGAGAAAAAGCUUUAGUAUCAUCCUCCAUGCUAUAUUUUAGUGGAAGUCCUAUUAAAAUGGAGUUAGUGGAAUUUUGGGGGGGGCUAUAACCCAUUUUAAUUUGUUUUAUGCACUUUAAAUCAGCUCUGCACAAGCCAGUCAGCUUGUGCCAUUAACAUUAUUGCCAGUUUCCUUUUUAGAAGGAUGUUAAAACACUUGAGAAUUUUUAGGUUUGAGAGCAGCAAUACCCAUGAAGUAUGGUACUCAGUAACUGAAAAGAACUAAGUACUGUUUAUGUAAACAAACGACACCUUAUAGGGCCAUUAAAUACUGUCCCUAUUUUAAAGAGGUGGGAAACGAGAGGUUAGAGACUUUCCAAGGUCAGCCAGCCAUCCUUGUAGGGACACAACAUAACUUCCUGAUUCUCAACCCAGUUAAUUUUGAUUCUGAAGAAUCCUAUCUUUUAAACUUCACCCCAUCAGUGGAGCAAAGCCCUUUUAGAGAGGUAUAAGGGGAAGUUUACUCUAGUAUUCUUAAAUAAGGUUCAGAACUGAAUAGUUAAAUGUUUUCUGUUUACAACAAAGCCCUCUUGAUCAGACAGCUGUUAACACUAUGUUUAGUGCAACACAGCCCUCAAGUUUUUUUUUUUUUUUUUUUUUUAAAACAAUUCUUCCACCUCAUUUACAGUUAGACAAACACAUUAAGUGGCUUGGUGCUGUAUGCAUUACUGCUAAUAAAAGUUGCUGUAUGGGAAAUUCAAACUGUACAAACUUAACAUUCUCUUAAAAUUGCUUUCAGGCUUGAUAUAUUGAAUCUUUAGGUGAGUGGGAAGAUUUUUCAAAGGUAUGCAAAUUAAGAGGACCUGUUCACUCAUGUAGUCUUGUAAGGGAAGGAUUCCUGCAGCAACCCAUUCUGUACUUGCAAAUAACUCCUGUGGGCACUGGCCACUCAGUUCAGUGCCAGUCUGUAAGUCUUCUCACAGCAGCUGUUUGAAAAAUUAGUAUAUCUUAGCCAAUUAGUCUGUGCUGAAGAUGUAAUGUACUGAACAGAAAGAUAUAAAUAAAGAGCAGUAUCUUACAGUA